AUAUCUCUCACAUUCCGUUAUUUGCUGACCUGACUUCACAGCCGAUCACUGCUCCACUAAUAGGCUGGUAUCAUCCUGAGGUCAGUGUCGUCUACACUUGCAAACAAGGAGUUUAUUUUCACAAUGCUUAACUCUGUGGGACUGAGCCUUGUGGUGCUGCUUUCAGCAGUGGGAGCAGCUACCGUAGAGAGAGCCGAGUACGACUACUUCAAAUAUCAUCCCAUGCCAGAGAUCACUAACUGGAUGAAUCAGGUUGCGACGGAUUACCCUGAUGUUGUGAGCGUUGUGGAAUAUGGACAGACCUAUGAGAAGAGGGUUAUUCGCUUGCUCAAGAUUGGCGUGAAUACAGGAGAGAAAAAAAAAGCUAUCUGGAUGGACUGUGGUAUACACUCAAGGGAAUGGAUCGCCCCGGCCUUCUGUCAGUACUUUGUCAGAGAGAUCCUGCAGGCGUACAAAUCAGACCCAAAAAUGCAACAGAUGAUGCAGAACAUGGACUUCUACAUCACCCCUGUGCUCAACAUGGACGGCUACAUCUACUCCUGGAAGAACAACACAACUCGACUAUGGAGGAAAAACAGGUCGCCAGGACCUGCAGGGUGCACCUGUCAUGGCACUGAUCUCAACCGCAACUUUGAAGCCAACUGGGGCACAAUCGGGAUAUCAUUCAACUGCUGCUCAAACAUCUACUGCGGGAGCCAAGCUGCAUCCGAGCCCGAGGCCCAGGCCGUAACUUAUUUUGUAGGAAGCCGGAAGGAAGACUUCCUGUGUUUCCUCACCAUCCACUCCUACGGCCAGCUGCUCCUGGUUCCCUAUGGACACCCCAACUUCACCGCCUCCAACUACGAUGAGCUGAUGAAGGUGGGUUUGGGUGCAGCAGACGCCAUUAGGAGCGUCCACGGGAUGAACUACACUGUAGGAACCUCUCCUGAUGUGUUGUACGCCAACUCUGGUUCAUCCAGGGACUGGGCUCGGAUGCAGGGGAUCCCCUUCUCCUUCACCUUUGAGCUGAGAGACAAAGGGGAAUUCGGCUUCAAGCUUCCUGAGGAUCAGAUCCAGCCGACCUGUGAGGAGGCCUACAGCGGAGCCCUGCAUAUCAUCACUUACGCCCACGACAAGACCUUUAGUGGUGCCGUGGCAACCGCUGCUGCGACCCUGUGGACCCUGCUGUUAGCAGCGGGUGUCACCAGCGCCAACCUGAUGUGAGGUGGAAAAAAGUGCACGUGGGAAACUGAUCAAAGCUGCCUUCAGCUCCAGUCAUCCUCUGUGUACGGCGCAAGUACAGUGUGAAGUUCAGGCUGUAAGUCAGUGUCACAAAACCAACAAAAUGUUUUCUUAUCCUCGUUUUAGGCAGAAUGUUUUGUUGAUAAGUUAUGAGCAAAUGUAAAACAUCCUUGGUUAAAACUGUUGUAAAGUGUAUUUUAUCCAAAAUGUUCACUUCUGUUCAUAAACUUCAACAAAUGUCAUUCGCCAGAAAAUAGUUGGUCCAUAAAAAUUCAUUUUACUAUCAUUUUAAAGUCAUGACCAAAGCAACAUUAUCUGGCACGAAGAACUACUUUAAAAAAAAAAAGAAUAAAAUCUUAUAAAUAUG